GCGCAAAUUUGGGCGCCGAAAUUCAGGAGGCUUUGAAGCAGCAGAAGGUGGAGAAAGAGGGGGGCCUGCUCGGCGGAGUGGCGGAGGAGAUCAAGGAGAUCGAAUGGCCGGCGUUUCGAAAGGUUUUGGGUACGACGGGGGUGGUGAUCGGCGUUAUCGCUGGGUCUAGUGUCGUUUUGCUCACUGUAAAUGCCUURUUAGCGGAGCUGUCCGACCGAGUUUUUSCCGGAAAAGGAGUUCAGGAUUUCUUCAGCUGAGAGGAUAAUAUGAAAGAGGCUUCAAUUGAGAUGUGAACUUUGUAAUUUUUCGAAAUUCCAAUGGGUUCUAAUGGAAGAGACUGCUUUGUAA